UACGGUCCAGCAUUUCAAAAACUUGAUUGACUUUAACCAUAGGGUUUGAAUCUCUCAGUCCGCCCUCUUCGUAUUUGAAUAUGGCUUCACUCUGAUCUCGCUCAUCUUUUCCCCCCCUCUCUCUCUCGCUCGCUCGCUUGAUUCUUCUCUCUUGGAUCUGCCUGCGUUCGAGGUAUUGAUUGAUUGCAAUGUCCAGGUUUUUAACAUCUUCGUCUGCUCAUCUGCAUUUCGCUUUUUCGCCAGUGAAGUAGGCGAAGUUGUUUUUAUAAGCGUUCUAUUUCUACUGAAUUUUUCAUCUGAUUGUCGAAUGAGAAGUAACUUCUGCCUCUUCUUAGGAAGAGUAGAAUGAUUUGGAGGAAAUAUUCGGUAGAGAGUUGCAGUAGAGUUGGAUUUGGGCUAUGCAGCUUUACUUGCCAGUCGAGGAACUAUGGAAGGUGAUCCAGCGCUUUGUACUCCUUUAGAUGUGCCUGGUGACAGUGGUCAGAAUAUUCGAGCUCUGCAUAGCCGGAGGACAAGUGGCCCUACAAGGCGUUCCACAAAAGGCCAAUGGACAGCUGAAGAGGAUGAAAUCUUGCGGAAAGCAGUCCAAAGUUUCAAAGGCAAGAACUGGAAGAAAAUAGCGGAAUGCUUCAAGGAUCGGACAGAUGUACAAUGUCUACAUAGGUGGCAGAAGGUUUUGAAUCCAGAACUUGUUAAAGGUCCCUGGUCCAAAGAGGAAGAUGAAAUAAUUGUUGAAUCGGUGAAGAAGUAUGGACCUAAGAAGUGGUCCACCAUAGCACAACACUUACCUGGACGUAUCGGUAAGCAAUGUAGGGAAAGGUGGCACAAUCAUCUAAAUCCUGCCAUAAACAAGGAGGCAUGGACACAGGAAGAGGAGUUGGCGCUUAUUCGUGCUCAUCAAAUAUAUGGAAACAGAUGGGCAGAGCUAACAAAGUUCUUGCCUGGCAGGACAGACAAUGCUAUAAAGAACCACUGGAACAGUUCUGUGAAGAAGAAAUUGGAUUCUUACUUGGCAUCGGGUUUACUUGAACAGUAUCAACCCCUGCAUCAUGCAGUGCAAUCCAGCCUACCUAUGCUUUCAUCUUCAAGGCUGCAGAGCAGUAUAGAUGAUAGCAGUCUUAAAGGGACAGAAACAGAGGACAUAUCUGAAGUCAGUCAAAAUUCAGCUAUGGUUGCUUGCUCCAAUGCGGUUACACGCACAAAAGAGGAAUGCCAAUUUGCUGAAGAUGCUUUUCUAAAAGAGGAACCAAUCUCAACACCACGUUGCCCGGAGCAAUAUCAUACUUCUUUGGAUGACGUCACUUUUUUGAUUCCCGAAAUGCUCUGUGAAUUGGGUUGCUAUGUGAAACCCCCUGACCAAAAUUUCUCACAGGAUUGCAAAACUUCUGCAACUGGGGAUAACCAGUAUAAUUUGUACGAAAUACCAAAUAUUUCUUCACUAGAAUUAGGUCAUCAGGAGUUGUCACAGUUUCAAGCAAUUGGAUCCCAGGAAGUAGAGAAUGUUUCACAUCAAGCUUCUGUUGGAUUUAGUGCCUCUGCUGUCGAAAAUAUGGCUAGGGCUUCAGAUAAAGCUGAACAUAUGUUGAUAUCUGAUUAUGAAUGUUGCAGGGUCCUAUUUUCAGAUGCUAUAAACAAUGAAUCUUUUCCUUCUGAAAAUACAAGGGAUGGCACAGAUAUGGUUGACGUGAGUGGAUAUGCACGUCCUUUGCACUGUCAAUCGUCAAACAUUGAAAUAUCUGAAACAGAUAGAAACUUAUCGUUGCAAUUGUAUCAUCAUUCAAGAUCCGGUGUUCUGGAUAACUCAUGUUCUCAACCUUUUCUAGCUCCUUUAUUGGUUUCUGCUAAUGAUGAUACUUAUGUAUAUACCAGUGAAGCCAGUCAUAUAUUUGAAACUCUCGAACAAGAGCUUGUAGCUAAUGGACGUGAUGGCUUUAUCUACUCCAAUGAAUCUGCUGGCACUCCUCCCAAGGAUGGUUUGAAGAGUACAGAAGUCCAAAAGCAGAACUCAAAGGAUCCAUCAAAUCUGGUUCCUGUAAAUACUUUUUGUGAAAGAGAGAAUACACAUUCAGAUCAACAGGACCUUGGGGCUCUUUGUUAUGAGCCUCCUCGAUUUCCAAGCUUGGAUGUUCCAUUCCUUAGCUGUGAUCUUGCACCAUCCGCCAGUGAAAUGCAGCAAGAAUACAGUCCCCUGGGUAUCCGUCAACUUAUGAUGUCGUCUAUGAACUGUCUUACACCAUAUAGGUUAUGGAAUUCGCCUUCCCGUGAUGAUAGUCCAGAUGCUGUGUUGAAAAGUGCCGCUAAAACUUUCACUAAUACUCCAUCAAUCUUGAAGAAACGCCAUAGAGAGUUCUUUUCUCCUUUGUCGGAGAAACGAAGUGACAAAAAGCAAGAGAUUGAUGUUGGCAUUAGUAGAACAUCUCAGAGUAAUCCAUCGCACCAGACAAUCAACUCUAGAAACACUGAAGACAAAGAAAAUAUUAAUCCUUCAGGGGAAGUGAGGCAAGAGAAGCCAAGCAAUGGGCUUCCGGAGAAAAUUUCAGAUAGCUGCAGUUUCCAGGAGAACAUAAAGCAAGAAGUGGACAAUGCUGUGACAACUGAGGGUCUCGAAUCUGUUGGCCAAAUAGUGCAACAGCCUUCACGUGUCCUUGCUGAAUGCUACCUGAACGACUCGCUCUUAUAUUCGACCAACCAUAAUGGUGUUAAAGGAGAUGAAGAUAGGAAUUCAAGUGCAGGAAUUACUGAAAUUCAGUGUAGAGCCUCAACAACUUCACAAGAUCAAGACUUUCCUUCAAAGUUAUCAUCUGACAAUCAAUUUGCAGUUGCAAAAUGUCCUGUUGCCAGUGGAACGAGUCACGAAAGCCAUCCUCCAACAGCUACGUGCCUAAACUCCGAGUACACGACAGCGCCCCCUGAGGUUAUGGGUGAUAAUGCCACAAAGGAGUCCUCCAUUGAAACUGUAACCAUAUUUGGUGGAACUCCGUUCAAGAGAAGCAUCGAAUCGCCAUCGGCAUGGAAGUCUCCUUGGUUCAUCAACUCUUUUCUAUUUGGUCCAAGAAUGGACACCGACUUACCAAUGGAGGAUGUUGGAUACUUUAUGAGCCCAGCGGAUCGGAGCUACGAUGCAAUUGGGCUGAUGAAACAGGUGGGUGAGCACACUGCCGCCGCGUGUGCAAACGCUCAGGAGGUUCUGGGAAACGAAACGCCACAAUCCCUUUUGAAGGGAAGACGAGGGAAAUUUGAGAAUCAGUACAACGAGAAGAAGAAGAAUCACGUAACCAACUCCCAGCAAAGGGUCCGUUCCACUUCGGCUCCGGAUAUUUUGACGGAGCGACGUACUCUUGACUUUAGUGAAUGUGGGACACCUGGCAAGGGAACUGAAAACCGAAAAUCCUCUACUGCAUUAAGUUUCUCAAGCCCCUCCUCUUACUUAUUGAAAGGAUGCAGAUAGAAAUUUCAAAAUGUCAAAAAUAGCAUUCGGCUAUCGUGAUCCCUAGUUAAUUUAAUUGUUUUAUAAAAUGUAUGUUUAUGAUUUGUUCAAAUCUCUUAAAUUAUUUCCUUUUUGGGAAAAGUAAAAACAUAUAUGGGGAGAAGGGGAUUACGUUUGGCCUUUCAAAUGUAUUCUUUAUUCAAUAGAUAAAAGAUGUGUAUGUGUUCACCAUUCAGAAAUGUAACUCACUCACUUUACCAUUUUAA